AUGGAUAUCGAGCAGACGUUUAUGACUAUUCACAGUGGGUUGGACUCAAUUGACAUCCCCCGUCAUCCUGUCUCGAUGCUCGGAUGGGAGAUUGCGGCGGGCGCACUCCCGAUGACGAGCAUUUCGGGACUCUAUGACGUGGCACUUGCCCGCCGUGUUCACCAGGAAGGCGUGCUGCUCGAUAAGGCAGCUGUUUUGCACUAUACCAGAAUCGCCUCGAGAGAUGGCAAGUGGAUCAAUUGCGAAUGUUGUUUUACCGUCGUUCACGAUGUGCUUGUGGCGAGCACGAGUGUUUACCUAGGUGGCUUGAAAAGUGAGAGGAGAAAGCUUGAUGCGCCGCAUAUUGAGCGGAUCUUCUCAUCAGCACCUCGAGACCCCAGGUAUCACAUGCUCGAGCACAUGUCGCCCAAGUUCACCAUGCCUCCAGCGGGCCGCGAACCUCGUGCAGCGCUCAUUCUCAACCGCUUCACUCGGAACCUCAGCAUCAUGUUCGCAACUAAUGCAGUUGAGUCCAUACUUGGCAUAAGCCCAGAGGAGAUCAAGGAUAAGCCCUUCUACGAGUGUAUUCAGGAAAACUGCUUGCAGGAAGCCAUCCAGGUUCUAGAGAGUGCAAAGGCCAACGAAUCGAUUGCAUAUCUUCGCUUUUGGUUUCGGGAUCCACGCAUAGGCACAGAUGGCCAGGAUGAUGAGGAAGAGGAGGACGAAGACGAAGACGAUAACGACUCAGGUGAAGAGGAAAGUGACGAGGACGAUGAUGAGGUGGAAUAUUUGGGAAGCAGGGCUAAAGGUUCAAAAGGCAGGGUCGUCAGACGGGACGAUGAUCAGAUGGAUAUUGACGACAGACCGUCAAGAAGGGAGGGAAGGGGUGAAGCAAAGGAAACAGACCGCCGACCCUCCAGUUUUGAGUUGGAGGCAGUUGUGUCUUGUACUUCGGACGGGCUUGUCGUGGUGCUCCGGAGAGCACGGCCACAGGUCCCCGAGCACGUACCUCAACCGGUACCGGUUUUCACUUACGAGAACGGUCUCUUCGCUGCACCAUGGGGUCUCCGUCCAAUUGAGCCUUCUGUGCCGCCAGAACUCAUACACAUAUUCAGACCCCCCCUAUUACCCCAGCACAUGCCGCUCAAAGAAAACGUGAGGGCAGCCGGUGGUCCGCCGAUGGACCAGCUGAUGAGGUCCAUUCGCGAUGUCGCAGUCUUUGCCUGGGCUCUGGUUGGCAUCAACGGCAACAUUGCGAAUUACGCACACGGUUUUCUUCCGAGAGAUGAGACGCAGCCGCCAGCGGCGGAUGGUCGGUAUCAACCCGGGCGGGACAGUCGAGCGUCAAAUCACCACCUCGCGCAUUGUAGGGAAUAUUACAACCCUAAUAACGGACGGUCUCUCGCGGCGACAGUAAGGGCAUCAUCCCCACCGGAAUAUCCCUCAGGGCAACAAGCGCUCCCGAGCGGAAGUGGAAGUGGAAGCGGGUGUACGUGUCGUGGUGCUGGUGCUGGUUCUUUAACCCAACGUCAACAUACACCCGGGAUGUUAUUUUAUGCACCACUGCCACCACAGCAACAACAACAACAACAACGCGGAUUCGAGUCACGACCGGGGUAUCAAUCCCAAGCAGGUGGAGUGUUCUGCCGUGGCGCUCUACAGCAGCCAAGCGAGGAACCUGGUUCACUUGUACCAUCAUCUUCAAUUUCUCCAAUCAUGCAGCAGCAGCAGCAGCAGCAGCAGCAGCAGCAGCAGCAGCACUACCAUCGUACCCCUCCUCUCCGGCCUCACCACCAUCAUUCUCCUUCUCCGAUGUUGUCUCCUCGCCGAGGAGCUACCCCUGAAUCGGAAUAUGCUCCUGCUCCCACCCCGGCACCACCCGCGAGGCACGACCUACCACCAGAGCCUUGGACCGCUGCGUCGGCAGCAACGGCAACGGCAACGGCUAGUACAACAACUCAGACGGCACCGGACGGGAAUGAGAUGAGGAGAAAUUCGAGGUUUUUGUGGCAAUAA